AUGGCUACUCGCUCAGACCGCCUCACGAAAUAUCUAUCGCUCAUCGAGAAAGGCAAGAGAAGGGUAGAAAGGUCCGCCGAUGCCAAGCUGUUCCUAGAGUCACUUUCCGCGCAAGAGGACUCUCUGCGCUGUAUUGAGAGGGUGCUUGCUUCUCCAAGUCUUCUUGAGGCACUGCAGAACAGUUUCCGUGUCGACUCAUCGACUGAGUUUGUCAACACUUCGGCCGCAGAGUUCUUGAGCUAUAUACGAAACCCGAUCAUUGAGAGCUUUGGCAAUGGACAAUUUCUCCGCCAGCUUGUCUCCUGCAUCACCAAUCCUCGCACCUUCUGGACAGUAUUCCUGCAAGCUCACACCUCGAAGAAACUCAGUGAGCACGCAGAGUUAAGCUUUGCCUGGUUGCUUCUGAAGCUGUUCAGCUCCCCAGGGUGCUCUUCCGAUUUUAUUGACACUGCCGAGAACAUCACGCAGAGUUUCCUCGACUCAACCUUCCAGGAAGUCAGGACUAUCGGAUAUCGAAUCCAGAACAUUGCGAAGACCAUCAGGACCAAGGUGGAUCUAGACGAUAGCUACCGACCAGGAGGGAGGCACGACAACGACUUCGAAGACUUCCGGGAAAUCUCGAUUUUGCCCACCCCGGAUGAAAUCGCUUCAGUAGAAAUUCCGUACUACAGGCGGAUGUGCGAUGUCUACAACGUCUCCGAAGCACAACGGGCUGUAACGCAUUACGAUAACCAGUUUCGCCUGUUGAGAGAAGACCUUCUCGCCGAGCUGCGCAAUGAUCUCCAGAUCGCUCGCGGUCAGAAGAAAGGAAGGAGAUCUGCCCCCCCGGUCCGUGGGCUAUGUUUGACAGGAGUUGGCUGUGGCACCGACGACCGAAGAAGGACCUGCUAUCUUGAGUUUGCCUGCACGAAGGGUUUGCCACACUUGUCUAGCCUGCCCAAAGCGGAUCGCAAGAAAUUGCUCGAUGACAACCCACACAUAUUUAGGCACCAGGCAUUUGGGUGCUUGCUGAGCAAAAUGGAUAUUGUCGCAUUUGUAACCCUUGAUCGCGGGUCCUCAGACCUGCCUGAUGAUCUUCCCACUCUCGCCCUGGUAGUGUCUGGCACCGAUGCACUCACACGUGUAUUUACAUGCGCCAAGAUGGGCCCGGCCUUCACCUUCCUCCCUGUUAAUACACCAAUCUUCGCUUACGAACCGAUCCUCGAACGUUUACAGCAGGUGAUGGAGUUUCCACUCUCUCAAAUACUGCUUGCGUCGGAGCCAAAGCCAGAGCUUUUGACGUUGGACGACAAUCUUGCAACCAUGGUUGGUCAGAUCCAAACAACGAACGGCGAGUCACUGGACGCCAUUCUUGCCACUGAGAUGAAGGUAUCAUUGGAUGACUCGCAGCUUCAGUCGCUCUUGAAUGGGCUGCAGCAGAGCGUAAGCACAAUUCAGGGGCCACCUGGAACUGGAAAGUCAUAUCUCGGGGCAUUGAUCGCGAAGAUUUUGCAUGAUAAGACGUGUAAGACGAUGAUGGUCAUCUGCUACACCAAUCACGCCCUGGAUCAAUUCCUGGAAAACCUGUUGGAUAUUGGCAUCCCGGAAUCGUCCAUGGUCCGGCUUGGGGCCAGGUCGACGCCGCGAACCAAGCACCUGGGACUUUUCGAACAGUCAAUAGGCACUUCUGUCACUGAUUCAUGGUCUUUUGUUCUUAAAAAGAGGGAAGAUCUUAAUCAGGCAGCCGAAGAGUUAAAGUCGUGCUCACUGGAAUUCAACGGCGAUAGUAUAACCACAGACGACAUUCUCGAGUAUCUGGAGUUCUCGGAUGAAAGCGACUUGUUUGACGCAUUUACCAUUCCUGAUCAGCAUGACGGCAUGAAGCAAGUCGGAAGGCAUGGUAGGAAAAUCGAUAGGUACUACCUCUGGGAUGCCUGGGUACAUGGAAGAGAUGCCGGCAUUUUUCGAGACCGGAUCAGUGCCCACCACGCUUACAUCUGGGAACUGGCGCCCUUAAAGCGCAAAGAGAUGGUCGGCAAAUGGCGCAACAGUCUCCUUCAUGAAAAAUGCGACAAGCUUGUGGAGCUCAUCAAGAGGUUUAAUCAGUUGGCGACGGACCUCGACGAAUACUAUUAUCACAAACGGCAUGCUGCGGUGCUAGAAGCAAAGCGCAUUGUGGCGUGUACGACUAACGCGGCGGCCAGGUAUGCCAGAGCUCUCCGGGUGGCUAAACCCGACAUCGUGAUAGUCGAGGAGGCCGGGGAAAUUCUGGAAAGUCACAUCCUUACGGCUAUGACCCUGGACACCAAGCAGCUGGUGCUAAUCGGCGAUCAUAAGCAAUUGCGGCCGAAGGUGAACAACUACAAUCUGUCCGUCGAGAAGGGCGAUGGCUUCGACCUCAAUCGGUCACUCUUCGAACGACUCAUCGCCCAGGGCUAUCCGCACACCUCCCUUGCGAAGCAGCAUCGAAUGCGUCCGGAGCUCUCACGGCUGGUCCGACAGCUUACCUACCCCGAGCUUCAGGACUCCGAGAGCACACUCAAGCGACCCAGACUCCGCGGAUUUCAGGAAAAUAUUGUGUUUGUUGACCACUGCCACCCAGAGCGUGAGCUUCGUGACAUCUCUGAGAGAAGAGAUCCAAGUAUGAAGACCAGCAAGCAGAAUCUGUAUGAGGUCGAAAUGGUCUUGAAGGUUGUCAAGUAUCUGGGCCAGCAAGGAUAUGGUACAGACGACAUGGUCAUCCUGACACCGUACCUAGGCCAGCUGUUUCUUUUGCGGACGGAAUUGAGCAAAACCAAUGAUCCGUUGUUAAACGACUUGGAUUCAAACGACCUGCUAAAAGCGGGACUGCUGACACUCGGAAGCCCCAAGGUCUUGAAAAGUCCUAUUCGUAUUUCAACCAUAGAUAACUACCAAGGUGAAGAGAGGGAUAUUGUUGUUGCAAGCCUCACAAGAAGCAACGAGACGGGAGACAUCGGGUUCAUGGCGGCUCCCGAGCGUGUGAAUGUUCUCCUCUCCCGCGCACUAAAUGCCCUGGUGAUGAUCGGAAACGGAGGUACAUUCCUCAAGAGCCGCAAAGGACAUCUCACAUGGCAGCCACUGUUUGAGAUGCUCAGGAGACAUGGCCACGUGUAUGCUGGAUUUCCGCUUAAAUGCGAGAGACAUCCUGAUCGCCAGGUUGUGAUCCGAUCGCCCAAGGAGUUCGAUACAGCAUGUCCCGACGGAGGCUGCUCGGACCCGUGCUCGGCUGUCUUCGCCUGCGGAAUCCAUUCUUGUACUAGACGGUGCCAUCGAGCUGAGUUCCACGGCAGAAUAAAAUGCACUAGGACAAUGGAACAGACGUGUCCCAAGAAUCACAAGUAUUACUGGGAAUGCUAUCAAGGAGCCCCGAGGACCUGCCCUACAUGUCUCGAGGAAGCAGUCGAAGCUGAGAGGAGAAAACGCGAGGAUGCAAAACUAGAAGCAAAAAGACGAGCGACCCAGCUGGAGCACGCGAAGAAGCUUAGUGAAAUCGAAGAGAGAAUCAGACAGCAGCGACAAGUCUUGACGGACAAACAAGGGAAUCAGGAUCGUCGCGACGCUCUUGCUCGAAAGGAAGAGGAGCUCAAAAGCCUGACUGCAGCUGCCGAUCGUACUCGCGCUUGCCCACCGACUGCCUUGCCAGGGGCAUUCCCUGCCGAUCCACAACCCGAAGAUGGCACCAGGAUGAUACCAUUGCAGUCGGAAGCACGAGAUGAAUGGCAGAGGCAGAAACAGGACGAAGGCCAGUCAAAUGAAGCUCUGGACACAUUGAUGGACAUGAUCGGACUCGAGAGUGUCAAGGAAAGCUUCCUUGGUAUCAAGGCCAAGGUGGAUGUGGUGGUUCGACAAGGUGCUAGUCUUGCGGCCGAGCGGUUUGGCGCAGCCCUUCUUGGAAAUCCAGGUACCGGAAAAACAACCGUGGCACGACUGUAUGCUCGGUUUCUGAGCAUGGUUGGCGUCAUCCCCGGUAGCUUCUUCGUUGAGACCUCGGGGUCCAAGCUAGCAAAUGGUGGUGUCCAGGGUUGUCAGAAACACCUUGAAGAGAUCAAGUCGAAUGGGGGAGGGGCACUGUUCAUCGAUGAAGCCUAUCAGCUAACAUCUGGGAACAGUACCGGGGGGAGCUCGGUUCUGGACUUUCUGCUGGCAGAAGUCGAAAACCUGACCAGGAAGGUUGUGUUCAUCAUCGCCGGAUAUAACAAGAACAUGGAAAGCUUUUUCGCUCAUAAUCCCGGUGUUCCAAGUAGGUUCCCAGUCGAACUUCAGUUCAAAGAUUACUCAGACGAGGAGCUUCAAAGCAUUCUCCAGCACCACAUGCACAAGAAAUACAAUGGACGCAUGAGGGUCGAAGAAGGCACUGGCGGGCUCUAUAUGCGGAUUGUCGCCCGCCGUGUCGGCCGUGGGCGUGGCCGUGAAGGAUUCGGAAAUGCUCGAGCAGUGAACAACGUUUUUGCACGCAUCACGGAGCGCCAGGCCAAACGACUACAACGGCAACAUCUUCUUGGACCAGAUCCGCGAACAGUGCUGAAAAAGAAUGCUACGUGGGGCAAGCUUCAAGCCUUGACCGGUCUGCAAAGUGUCAAGCAGUCGGUAGAAGCGCUAUUUGACACAGUCCAGUUCAACUAUGCGCGUGAACUAGCAGAGAAACCCUUAGUGGAAUUUUCUCUGAACAAAGUAUUCGUAGGCAACCCCGGCACUGGCAAAACCACCGUCGCAAAGCUUUAUGGAAAGCUCUUGGCAGAUAUGGGAUACCUGUCCAACGGAGAAGUUGUUGUCAAGAAUCCAUCCGACUUCAUCGGCAACGUCAUUGGCGGCUCUGAGGCUGCGACAAAGGGCAUCUUGGCUUCCACUCUUGGCAAAGUGCUUGUCAUCGACGAGGCUUACAUGCUUGGUGGUAGUUCCUCGGGGUCUGGACCGAUCGGAGGCCCCGAUAUAUACAAGGUGGCUGUGAUUGACACCCUAGUUGCGGAAGUGCAAAGCGUCCCCGGCGAUGACCGGUGUGUUCUGCUUCUCGGAUACAGGGACGCAAUGGAGAAGAUGUUUCAGAGAGUGAACGAAGGACUCUCCCGACGGUUCCCUAUGAGCACUGCGUUUGACUUCCAGGACUUCAGUGAUGAUGACCUUCAAGAGAUCCUAGCUCUCAAAUUGAAGCAAGCAGGCUUUCAUGCCACCAAGGAUGCAAAGCUGAUUGUUCGCCAAUGCCUGGCUCGCGCCCGGAACCGACCCAACUUUGGUAAUGCUGGGGAGGUGGACAUCCAUCUAGACAAGGCCAAACUACGACACCAGCAGCGGCUUUCUGCGCGGAAAACCAGAAACAUUGACAUCUUGGAGCCGCUCGACUUUGACCCCGAUUAUGACCGAGAGCAGAAAGCCGUUACCAACUGCCGGAAGCUUUUCGAAGGAGUUGUGGGCAGCGAGCACCUGGUGGCGCAGCUCGAGGGCUAUCAAAAUGUGGUUCGGAACAUGAAGCGAUUGGGGUUGGAUCCCCGACAGAAUAUUCCAUUCAACUUUCUGUUCCGUGGUCCUCCGGGGUCCGGAAAGACGUCGACAGCGCGACGCAUGGGUCAGAUCUUCUACGAUAUGGGCAUUCUGGCCACAACCGAGGUCAUCGAGUCAUCGGCCUCUGAUCUUGUUGCACAGUAUGUUGGACAGACUGGUCCCAAGACUGAGCGGCUUCUCGAGAAGGGACUGGGCAGAGUUCUUUUCAUCGAUGAAGCGUACAGACUCGCUGACGGGACCUUUGGUAAAGAGGCCAUGGAUGAGCUGGUCGAUCGUUUGACGAAAGAGAAGUUCCACAAGAAGCUGAUUGUUAUAUUGGCCGGGUAUGAGGGAGAGAUCAAUCGUCUGAUGGCAUCCAAUCCUGGUCUGACCAGCCGGUUCUCAGAAACGGUCUCGUUCCAAAAUCUUACUGUCUCUCAGUGCUGGGUACUCUUGCGGGAUAGCCUGGGACAGCUCGAUCGAGUCGAUCAAAAGACGGUUCAUGACCCUGACGAUCAAUUCAAGUCUCAUAUUUUGGCCUCCCUUGAAUAUCUAUCCACACUGCCUGGGUGGGGAAAUGGUCGGGACGUCAAGACCAUUUCUGACGCAAUUAUUCGAAAGGUCUUCUCGUGCCCACAGGAUGCGGGAGACAAGGGAUUAGCACUUACCCAAGCGAUGGUAAUCGACGUUCUUGAAUCGACAAUUGAGGAACGGCGGCUUCGAGCGACGGCCACCAAGACUCCUCAGACCAGAGAUGGAUCCUUGACAGCAAAGGUCGCGCCGUUCUCAGCCCCCUCUUUCUCUAAAUCGUCCGUCUUUGCUGUCAGGAACCAGGCUCGCUCUGGCGCCGCAGCUGAUGACACAUCUGCGCCUGCUUCCGGCAAUCUUUGUUCAGACGAGGGUCGCGAUCCGGGGGUUUCUGACGAGGUCUGGAUGCAACUACAAGCGGAUAAAAAGCGCAGCGAGGAGCAGAGCAACCGUGAUGCAGAAACUCUUCGUCGAGAGGAGAGUAUCAAGAGGCAGCUGAAGAGUAGUGCCACUGAGGCGGAUGGUGACGAACUACGCGAGUAUGAGGAGCAGCUCCGAAGCCUGGCCCGAGAAAGAGUCGAGAUUGAGGAGCGGAAGAAGCAGGAGGAGGCUGCCCAGCAGAAAUUGCAAGAGAUGGGUGUUUGCCCCGUGGGAUUCAGGUGGAUUAAACAAGCGACGGGCUAUAGGUGUGCUGGUGGGAGCCACUUCGUGUCUUCUGCCCAGCUAAACUAG